AUGUGGCGCCCUGCGACCCGCAACUUGACGGGCACAAACGAUGUGCCCCUCGCCAACAAGCGCCGUUUCGGCCUCCCCGAGGAGGGCCAGGCUCCCGGUGCUGGCGCUGGCGGUCCCCCGCCUCCCCCCCAUUCGUCGGCUCCCGGAUACAACAAGCCCCCAAGCGACAUCCAGUUCUUCAACGGUCGCGUCGACCGUGAUGACAGGCGCGGAGACGACCGUGGUGGCAGGGACGACCGCCGGGACGACAGGCGCGACGAGAGGCCGCGCGAUGACAGGCGUUCGGACGACCGGUAUGACCGGGACCGCCGGGACGACAGGCGUUCGGACGACCGCUACGACCGCGACCGUGGACGCGACGAGAGGCCGCGCGACGACCGCGGUGCGCGCAGCAGCCGCUGGGACGACGACAGGACGCGCGGGCGUGAGCCUGCGCCCGGUGACGACGAGCCGCGCAAGAGGAAGUCGCGUUGGGGUGACGCCAACGAGCGCGUCGACGUCUCUGGCCUGCCUGUCAACAUUAUGGGCAAGGUCGCGACGUCCGAGCUCGACAGCUACGCCGUCCACGUCCGACUCGAGGAGAUUAACCGCAAGCUGAGGACUGGCGAUGUUGUCCCGCCCGACGGACAGCGUUCGCCUUCGCCUCCGCCCAAGUUUGACGCCUACGGCCGCCGCGCCAACACGCGCGAGGUGCGCUACCGCGAAAAGCUCGAGGAGGAGCGCAGGCGCCUCGUGGACCGCGCGAUGAAGAACGACCCCAAUUUCCGCCCGCCCGUCGAGUUCCAGCAGCGCCGCAACGGCCGUCCCAUGGACAAGGUGUACAUUCCCGUGCACGAGUUCCCCGAGAUCAACUUUUUCGGUCUCCUUGUUGGUCCCCGUGGCAACUCGCUCAAGCGCAUGGAGCGCGAGACGGGCGCCAAGAUUUCGAUCCGUGGAAAGGGCAGUGUCAAGGACGGCAAGGGCCGUCCCGACGCCUUUGCCAACGAUGAGGACGACGAGCUGCACUGCGUGGUGACGGCCGACGACGAGGCCAAGGUCCGCUCGUGUGUCGCGCUCAUCAACCGCGUCAUUGAGACUGCCGCGUCCACUCCCGAGGGCCAGAACGACCACAAGCGCAACCAGCUCCGUGAACUCGCCUCGCUCAACGGUACCCUCCGCGACGACGAGAACCAGCUCUGCCAGAACUGUGGUGAAAAGGGCCAUCGCCGAUGGGAGUGCCCCCAGCAGCGCACAUACUCUGCCAACGUCAUCUGUCGUCUCUGUGGCGGUGCCGGACACAUGGCACGCGACUGCCGUGGCCGUGGCGACCCCAACUUGAUGCAGAACCAGCAGUCGACCCAGUUCGACUCGGAGUACUCGGCGCUCAUGGCCGAGCUCGGCGAGAGCGCCUCCGCACCCGGCGCCGCACCCGCCGCACCUGCCGAGCAGCGUAUCCCCCCUUGGCGUAUCCCCGAGAACUGGCAGGGCGGCCGCCGACACGACGACGGCGGCGCGCCCCGUGGCGACCGCGACGACCGUCGCGGAGGCGGUGGUGGAUGGGGCGGCCAUGGUGGUGGCGGUGGUGGUGGUGGUGGUUAUGGCCAGGACCAGGGCGGCUAUGGCCAGCAGCAGGGCCACGGCGGCCACGACCAGGGCUACGGCGGCGGUGGUGGUGGUGGUGGCCAUGGAGGCUACGCCCAGGGCGGCGGCGACCAGUAUGCUGGUUACUAUGCCCAACAGCAGGCUGCCUAG